ACAGCCAACUAAAAAUGUUGUGAAGUUUAACUUGUGAUUGGAUUGGAUUUAUUAUAUAUUACUAAGGACUGGACAUGAUUUAUAUUUUGUUUAAUUUUCCUUAAAACUGCCAAUGUUCAAGUAAGAAGAAUGAGUACAAAAAAAGAUGAAGAAACAGUUUAAAAUAGACCAGUUUGGACGGGUUCCUGACAUACACUUAUUGUGUUUCAGGAAGUGCAGUUUUUUUUUCACGUCAUUCACAUCUCUCUGUUGCAGUCACAGGUCUCCUUGUUGUGCUCUUCACUGCCUGCAACAGGUGUCAUAAGUGAGAAAACUAUGUGAAGUACAACACAGAGAACAGUGAAGAGAUGGCAAUACAAAACCUGUCAUUAAUCACCAUCUUGAUGGUAAUAUGCAAGAUUUUGGGAACUGAGGCAUUCACGGAAACCCCAGAUUAUCUUUCCCGGGUAACAAACAUGGACACGAGCAUUCCAACGGAAGAAAGUAGGCAAAAAUGCGACGCUAUGGAAACUGAAUUGGACUAUGCCAUUGACAUUGAGGUGACCGUGUCAGAUAUCGCAGUGAUAAAUGAUCUGAGGAACCUGCUUGCAACAACAUCAUUCCCAUACCCACUGACUAACACCAUUGAAGUAACUGGGGUGAACUUAACAACAGUUUGUUACCCGAAUGGUAAUGAAUUCCAGUGCAGGUGUGAAGAGCGGAUUGCCUUGUCGAAUGACAGCUGUGUUCUGUACACCCAUUGUGAUGACAUCAUUCAAGGCACAUGCAGAUGCAUCAAUGCAAUACCGGCCGAUGGACAGUUUUGCCAAUCACAGCCACCUCCCAAAACUGAAUUGGACUAUGACAUUGACAUUGAGGUGACCGUGUCAGAUAUCGCAAUGAUAAAUGAUCUGAGGAACCUGCUUGCAACAACAUCAUUCCCAUACCCAAUGACUAACACCAUUGAAGUAACUGGGGUGAACUUAACUACAGUUUGUUACCCGAAUGGUAAUGGAUUCCAGUGCAGGUGUGAAGAGCGGUUUGCCUUGUCGUAUGACAGUUGUGUUUUGUACACCCCUUGUGAUGACAUCAUUCAAGGCACAUGCAGAUGCAUCAAUGCAAUACCGGCCGAUGGACAGUUUUGCCAAUCACAGCCACCUCCCAAAACUGAAUUGGACUAUGACAUUGACAUUGAGGUGACCGUGUCAGAUAUCGCAAUGAUAAAUGAUCUGAGGAACCUGCUUGCAACAACAUCAUUCCCAUACCCAAUGACUAACACCAUUGAAGUAACUGGGGUGAACUUAACUACAGUUUGUUACCCGAAUGGUAAUGGAUUCCAGUGCAGGUGUGAAGAGCGGUUUGCCUUGUCGUAUGACAGUUGUGUUUUGUACACCCCUUGUGAUGACAUCAUUCAAGGCACAUGCACAUGCAUCAAUGGAAUACCGUCUGAUGGACAGUUUUGCGAACCACAACCACCAUUUUUGCAGGCAUUUACAAUGAACUAUGAUAUUAUAUAUCCUGGUACCACUUUGCAGCUGACUUGUGUGGUUCCAGUAAUUAUGCAAAUGGGAACUGGGUCAUGGUUCGUGAAUGAUAUGCUGGUGUCAAACAAUACAAAGUAUUCAAUCACCAAUUCACCUCCCACACUGACUGUUCAGGACAUGAGCGGUGAUGACACCGGAAUAUACAUGUUCACGAUGACUCAGUCAACCUUGACAUUCACCUACGAGGAAUUCAUUUGGGUGACAGAUGUCAUUCCUCCCAUUAUUCAGCUGAACAUGUUAGCAACUAAUGUUCCAUGUGGAGCAAAUGAAAAUAUCCCACUGAACUGCUGUGUUACAUACUACCUACUUAAAAAUGUUACAGCAAAAUGGAUGGAUGGUUCUGUUGAAAUACCCUCUGUACAGACCAUAACAAACAUGCUAUGUGUCAGUAUUGCAUACCCAGUACCAAAGCAAUGCAAUACAAAGCAACUCACAUGCGAAGUGAUGGUCAAGAAAGAAUCUGCAACUGAAAUAUUCACAGAUGAUGUGACAAUAACGUUUUUCAGGGGAGCACCUGACUGUAAUGACAUAACAUACGGUGCUGGUAUGAAUGGAAAUACAUCUACUGUUUCCAGCCCAGCAAAUUUUAUGGGCAGCAGCACUGCAGUUUGUGAAAAUGGGAAUUGGACCCUUGUGGAGGACAAUUGUGUUUUUAGCCUAAUAAAGACACUAGAGCUGUUUUCUCAGAGUCUGAGUUCAGCUAAUGUAUCAUCAUUUGUGAAGGACCUUCGGACAAUUACUACCAAUUUUGAAUCAAACAUAACACAGUCAUCGGCCACCAUUUCCUCUAUUGUGAACAUACUUGGCAAAGUUGCAAGUGUUUCACAAAAUAUAAGCAAAACUUCAAUGCAAGAUGUUUUGGAAACAGUAUCAAUUUUGGUGUCACCCCAAGCUGAGAAUUCCUGGGCAGGACUGAACAGUAACAACGAAACCCAAAACACAAGCUCUGCUUUACUGGAGUCAAUAGAAAACAUCACACACAGUCUAUCAAGCAAUUCCUUUACAAUUAGUACAACAAACAUUGAGCUAAUCAAAACAACGUUAACCUUCCCUUUCAAUGAAGCUAUGAAUUCAUCUAAGAUAUUCAUCCCAAGUCAAGGUCUUCCCAGCAACACGAGUAUCACAACAAUCGUCUUUACAACUCUUGAGUUUGUCUUACCUGCAAGGACCACUGGAAACACUAUGAACAACUCUAUCAAUGGAGUUGUCAUGUUAGCCUAUGUAAACGAAACCAUUAAUAAUGUUUUGCUGACAUUUGAUAAAACAAACAAAACAAAGGGAAACAACCAGUGUGUGUUUUGGAACUUCAAAGUUUUUAAUGGCAUCGGAGGCUGGGACUCAACUGGAUGUCAACUGCAAUCUGAAACGAAUGACAGCGUCACCUGUUCCUGUAACCACCUGACUUCCUUUUCUAUAUUAAUGUUACCUUUCGUACCUGAAUCCAUUGAGGUUGCUCUGAAUUACAUCACGUACAUUGGAGUCAGCAUAUCAAUGGGAUGUCUGGUCUUAUGCCUUAUAAUUGAAGCAUUUGUGUGGAGUGUUGUCACUAAGAACAGCACGGCACACAUGCGACACGUCGCUAUAGUGAACAUUGCUCUGUCUCUGCUGAUUGCUAACAUAUGGUUCAUCAUUGGAGCGGCUGUGUCAGACGUUGGCCAGAGCACACCGAAGAAUGCAUGCAGUGCUGCAACCUUCUUCAUUCACCUCUUUUAUCUUGCCUUGUUCUUCUGGAUGCUGAUCUCAGCUCUCUUCCUCUUCUACCGUACCAUGAUGAUUAAAAUGUCAAAGCGCACUAUGAUGGCCAUUGCCUUCACGGUGGGCUACGGGGCACCACUCAUCAUUGCCAUAAUCACCAUUGCAGUCACUGCCCCCAAAAAUGGCUACUUCAGGCAAGGUUAUGCAUGUUGGUUGAACUGGUACCAGACUAAAGCCCUCCUGGCAUUUGCGAUUCCAGCCUUGAUCAUUAUCGUUGUGAACCUGCUCAUUCUAAUCGUGAUUCUGGUUAAAUUACUGAUGAGGAGUACCGGUGAGGACCGUCAGUCUGAGGAGAAGAAUGCUCUGCUGGUCAUCGCAAGAUGUGUCGCUGUUUUGACUCCCAUCUUUGGCAUCACCUGGGGACUUGGCAUAGGGACCAUGGUGGAACCUACAAAUCUUGGAAUCCAGAUUACAUUUGCAGUCUUCAAUUCACUUCAGGGGUUCUUCAUUUUAGUAUUUGGGACUCUUUUAGACAGCAAAGUUCGAUCAGCAGUUGUGGGAAGAUUUUCAUUUUUGAAUUCAUUAUCUAGCCGAACAAAGAGCAUAAGUGUUGGUCUAUCUUUGUCCUCUUUGGCUGAAUGUAUUACGCGAAGGACACAAAGCGACAAAUAUUCUGCAGAAGAACAUCUGAUGAGACAAAUUAAAUAAAUGUGAUUGGCAGAUUCAAAGGGCGUGGCCUAAAGUUGACCAAUUGGGUAGGCAGAGCAGAAAUUUGGGCAGGCAUUGCCCACCCCUGUCCACUUCUAGAUCCGGCCGUGCUCUGCUUUCUGAUUAGGAUGCUUUAUAAAGAUUUGGGAAACUUGAAAUAUUUUGGCAGUUUGAUUGGUUUCUAGUAAACAACUCAUUUGUUAUGCUGGUGCUACAUGUGAACUUUAAUCCGUGUAAUUUGCCAUUUGGAGUAAAACAUCCAAUGCUCUUUAUUUUUCAGAUAGUUAUUAUAUUAUUAAUUAUUAGAAUCUGACAUAUAACAUAAAAGGAUUUAUUUAUUUUUAAAUACUGCGUUGACCCGAAUAUAAGACGUUUUCCCCAAAACACAUCCUGCUUUUUAAAUACAAGUAUUUAUUUUUAUGAAGGUAAGAUUUGGUAUUCCAAAAACGUUCCCAUUAAAAUUAGUUUUAAAACUAUUAAAAAUAGUUUCCAAAAUGUGAGAGUCGUCUUAUAAUCAGAGUUGUCUUUUAUUCAGGCCAAUAUGGUAAUUGGGAUCUUAUAGGGAUUUUGGUUUUUAGUCAGUUUUGAGGCACUGGAUAUUUAGAUUUAUCUCUUUUUUUCUGUGAACACAAACACUGUCUCUCUCCAUUUUUAAUGGAAAUUGUGCAAGAACGAUCCUGAUGAAUUAUAAUGAAAUAUCUACAAUUCUGUCAAGUUUCUGUCAUUGUGGUAAUUAUUCAUUUUAAUAAUGUAAUAUGGUGUCAAUAAUAUAAGCAAUUUUGUUUCAUAUUUUGGGCUGCGUAACAUUAUGCAUAAUAAAAAUUAUUACCAUG